CUCGUGUGCAUCCUGUGCUCGCAGGACAACUGCCCACUGCUGCCUAAUUCUGGGCAGGAAGACUUCGACAAGGACGGCACCGGGGACGCCUGUGACGAAGAUGAUGACAAUGAUGGUGUGGACGAUGAGAAGGACAACUGUCAGCUUCUCUUCAACCCCCGCCAAUUCGACUACGACAAGGAUGAGGUCGGGGACCGCUGUGACAACUGCCCGUAUGUGCACAACCCUGCGCAGAUCGACACGGACAACAAUGGCGAGGGGGACGCGUGCUCCGUGGACAUCGACGGGGACGAUGUCUUCAAUGAGCGGGACAACUGUCCCUACGUCUACAACACUGACCAGAGAGACACGGACGGGGACGGUGUGGGCGAUCACUGUGACAACUGCCCCCUGGUGCACAACCCCGACCAGACCGACGUGGACAAUGACCUCGUGGGAGACCAGUGUGACAACAACGAGGACAUCGAUGAGGAUGGCCACCAGAACAACCAGGACAACUGCCCCUACAUAUCCAACGCCAACCAGGCCGACCACGACCACGACGGCCAGGGCGACGCCUGUGACUCGGACGAUGACAAUGAUGGGGUCCCCGAUGACAGGGACAACUGCCGGCUGGUGUCCAACCCGGGCCAGGAGGACUCGGAUGGGGACGGGCGUGGGGACGCUUGCAAGGACGACUUUGACAAUGACCGCAUCCCAGACAUCGAUGACGUGUGUCCCGAAAACAGUGCCAUCAGCGAAACUGACUUCAGGAACUUCCAGAUGGUCCACCUGGAUCCCAAGGGCACCACUCAGAUCGACCCCAACUGGGUCAUUCGCCAUCAAGGCAAGGAGCUGGUGCAGACGGCCAACUCGGACCCUGGCAUCGCUGUUGGUUUUGAUGAAUUUGGGUCUGUCGACUUCAGCGGCACGUUUUACGUGAACACCGACCGCGACGAUGACUACGCCGGCUUCGUGUUCGGCUACCAGUCCAGCAGCCGCUUCUACGUGGUGAUGUGGAAGCAGGUCACGCAGACCUACUGGGAGGACCAGCCCACCCGGGCCUACGGCUACUCUGGCGUGUCCCUCAAGGUGGUGAACUCCACCACGGGGACCGGCGAGCACCUGAGGAACGCCCUGUGGCAUACUGGGAACACCGAGGGUCAGGUGCGUACAUUAUGGCACGACCCCAAAAACAUCGGCUGGAAAGACUACACUGCUUAUAGGUGGCAUCUGACCCACAGACCCAAGACGGGCUACAUAAGAGUCUUAGUGCAUGAAGGAAAGCAGGUCAUGGCGGACUCAGGACCAGUCUACGACCAAACCUACGCUGGCGGGCGGCUGGGUCUGUUUGUCUUCUCUCAAGAAAUGGUCUAUUUCUCUGACCUCAAAUAUGAAUGCAGAGAUGUCUAAGCAAGACUUGCUGUACUUCCAGACAUGUACUGUAGAUGCUGUUACCUAGACCCCACCAUGUGCUGGUGCUUCCAGCUUCUCUGUCUUUAGCAGCAGCUCCUGUCCUUGAUCUUGACAUUGAGGGUCGUUCACCAUCAUCGACCCCGAGCCCAAGCGCCUUCAGAGGAUCAGUGUCAGUGGACAUCCAGCCCACUACAAGAAGGCAGCUUGAUGACGCGCGAGACUUUCUGUGCAGUGACAAUUGAGCAUGGCAUUACAUCGUUUUUUUCUUGUUUGUUUAAAAAGAAUGACGUUUACAUAAAAUGUAAUUACUUAUUGUAUUUAUGUGUAUAUGGAGUUGAAGGGAAUAUUGUGCGCAAGCCAUUAUCAUAAAUUAAGCAGGAAAAAUAUUGCUCCGCGACUUUCAGUGCUUGAAGCCAUUUCCGUUCCUGGGUUAGAGCUGCUCUGCGGUAGCCGGUGGUCCCGUUCGGUCGACCCCAGAGACGGGGCCGCUGGAGUACGAAGUGCCGUGGGGGCAGAGAGGGCAGGAGACCGGUCACACGCGUGGGGAGCCAGCCCUCUAAUCGGCACAUUAGCAAUAAUGACGAGAACAAACGGAAGCCCCUCCCCCCACGCCCCUGCCCCCCGCGGAAGCCCGCGUACUUGGCAGAGGUGCAGCUGUGACUGAGAGGGGCCCGCCUGCAAAGCGGCGCUAGCGUGGGUCCCGAUGUGGGCCCAGCAAAGCCUCCUGUAGGGCGGCUGACCACUCCCACCCCACAGGCUGGAGGGAAGGCCGCCGCUGUCCCCUGAUUUUGCCUUCUCAUCGCCGGCUUCCUGCUCGAGCUGCCUUGCCGAUCUCUGCUACCGGAGAGCGGACCAGCGGACGGACACACCCGCAAACGCGCCUAACAUCUGCUGCUUAUUCUAGGCUUUGAAACGAUGCCAAAGUGGCUUUUACCUAAUCUGGCAGCACUUUCCACCAAGGCUCCAGUUAAAACUGUUUUGCUAAUAUUUAUUAAAUGACUAGAUGCAGCUUCAUUCACCAGUAACUUAUUUUAAAAAUGUCAAGUUACACAUGUCGCACAAUUACUCGGAAUAAACAUAUAAUGCAUAUAUGAUAAUAUAAAGAUACAGUUACAACAAAAUACCUUCCUGUCAAGAUACAAGCUUUACAGCAAUAUGUUGUCAUGAUAAAGCAUGCUGAAAAUGGAGGGGAAUAGGUCAGUGAGAGUGAAGAGUUCGUAAUGGAACCUUAACGGAUACUGUUGUCCGCAGCUGUAAGUCAGUCUUCUUUCCCAUUGCCUGUCUGCUGUACGUAGGAUUUAAGACUUGGAAUGCUGAAGGAAAAUCAGCAUAAGCCUUGCCAGACACACCCAUUAAUCAGUCAGACAACAAUAGACACAAGUUUGUGUGUGUUUGUUUCCUGCCUUAAAUUGCAUGAUCUUCCUACAGGAAAUAUUAAUCUCACUCCGCGUAAGGGGUUUAAGAAGAGAAGUUUGUCUUGUCGGAGGCGGGCAAAUCUUUCUCCCCUUUCUGUCGAUGGCGAUCUUAUGUCUAUGUAAAGUACAGAGGAUCCAUAACUUUUGUCUUAACUUGCACAUUUCAUUCGAUAAAGUUAUGUUUGUUGCUUCCUUCGAGGGUGAUUUUUUGUUUUGCUGCACUUUUCUGUAGAACCGCGUCCCCAGGACAGCAGGGUGUGGGAGACCGGACUAAAUGUAACGGUUGGGGAGACUGCGGAGGUUUCUGUGUUGGCGUCCCUUAGCCAAGCAGCACAGUUCUGUGGGAUGAUGAUGUGAAUAUUUAGAAUGUACCAUAGUUUUUUUGGUAAAUUAUUUAUGUUUUUUUGAAAAAACUUCUCUUCCAGAUUGAUGAAACUUCAUUUGUUCUGCCAAAGACUGUAAAUAUUUAUUUAUUUGUUCACAUGGUCAACAUUUCACCACUGAAACCCUGCAUUUAGCUAGAGCCUCAUUUUUAUACUUUAAGGAUUAAUAACAGGAAAUAAAUUGUACAAAGGUUUUCUAUAAA